AUGGGAGAAGGCACGCCAAACAUCGACCGUCUGGCGAAUGAAGGGGUGAGGUUGUCUCAGCACCUGGCGGCCGCCUCAAUGUGUACCCCGAGCCGGGCUGCCUUCCUGACUGGCCGGUAUCCCAUCAGAUCAGGGACAGCGUCCCCAUCCAACCUGAACCGUGACUUUGCCUGGCUUGGGGGUUCAGGGGGGCUUCCCAUCAAUGAAACGACUUUUGCGAAGCUGCUUCAGCAUCGGGGGUACCGCACAGGACUCAUAGGAAAAUGGCAUCUGGGCUUAAAUUGUGCCUCUCGGGAUGACCACUGCUACCACCCGCUCAACCAUGGCUUCGACUAUUUCUACGGGAUGCCUCUGGGGCUUCUGAGCGACUGCCAGGCUGCCCAGACGCCCGAGCUGCACCGCUCGCUCCGGGUCAAACUGUGGAUCUCCACGGCGGUUCUGGGCUUGCUGCCUCUGCUGCUCAUGGUGCCCAGAUUUGCCCGCUGGUUCUCGGUGCCCUGGAAGGUCAUCUUCAUCCUUGCUCUAAUCGUGUUUCUGUUCUUCAUGGCCUGGUACUCCAGUUACGGGUUUGUUCGGCGUUGGAAUUGCAUCCUUAUGAGAAACCAUGAAAUCGUUCAGCAGCCGAUCAAAGAGGAAAAGGUGUCUUCCCUCAUGCUGAAGGAAGCCCUGGCUUUUAUGGAAAGGUACAAACGGGAGCCUUUCCUUCUCUGGUUUUCUCUGCUCCACGUCCACACUCCGCUGAUCACCAGAGAGAAGUUUGUCAGGCACAGUAAAUACGGCUUGUACGGAGACAAUGUAGAGGAAAUGGAUUGGAUGGUGGGAAAGAUCCUCGACGCCCUGGACCAGAACCACGCCACCAACCGCACCUUGGUGUACUUCACCUCCGACAACGGGGCCUGGCUGGAGUCCUGGGCUGGUGUCGCCCAGGCGGGCGGCUGGAAUGGAGUCUACAAAGCAAAGACUGAGCUAUUCGUAAGCCCAGAGAAAGCAGAGAACAGGGUGAUUGAUGGCCGGAAUCUGAUGCCCCUGCUGGAAGGGAGGGUGUCCCACUCAGACCACGAGUUCCUCUUUCAUUACUGUGGCAUCCACCUGCACACAGUCCGGUGGCACCAGAAAGACUGUGCAACCGUGUGGAAGGCUCAUUACGUGACUCCCAAAUUCUCCCCAGAAGGAAGUGGUGCAUGCUAUGGACAAGGGAUGUGCUCAUGUUCUGGGGAAGUCACCUACCACGACCCACCUCUCCUCUUUGACAUUGCCCGGGACCCUUCAGAAGCCUUGCCACUGAGCCCUGACAAUGAGGUGUUAUUUGAUUCGGUGAUCAAGAAAAUUGAGGUGGCGAUAAAGGAUCAUCGUAGGACGCUCACGCCUGUCCCUCAGCAGCUGUCUGCUUUCAGCACCAUUUGGAAACCGUGGUUGCAGCCAUGCUGUGGCACCUUCCCUUUCUGUGGGUGUGACAAGGAGCUUGACAUUGUACCCACUGCUCUCUGA